AUGGCAGAUACGGGUGAGUGUUCGAGUGAUCAAUUACCUUUUGCUUGUGGGAAAAACUCUAAGAAAAGGAAAAGCUUUGGAAGGAUGCAAGAUGUUUCAAAGAAACUAAAGUUACAGUCUCAUGCAACUGGCGAAGCUUGUAAAUGUGCUAAGAAAUGUUUUGAUUUAAUCUCUGGACAUGAAAAACAAUCUAUUAUAAAAAAUAUAAACUCUUUUAAAAAUAAUGACGAAAUAAACUUAUAUUUAGCGGCUUUGGUUACUUUGGUUCCUGUACAACGAAGGGCUAGAAAACCUGAGAAUAAGGCUGGUUUUCCAAAAUGCACUAUCUGUUAUCAUGUAAAAAUAAAACUAGAAGCCAGUAUAGAAGAUAUCCAGGUUUGCAAGAAUGCUUUUGUGUCAUUUCAUGGUAUAACACGAGGUAAAGUUGAUAUUCUUGUAAAUAAAUUUAAAAAAUCAAACGACGCUCCUAGGGACUUACGGGGUUUGCAUAAAAAUCGCCCUUACCAAAUGGACGAGGAUUUGAAAAAAGCAGUCCAUGAGCACAUAAGUUCUUUCUCUAGCAGAAAUAGUCAUUAUAGCCUCAAAAAUACGGAACAACUUCCAACGGCUGUAUCAGCAGCGGGCUCUGCCAGGACUUCUGCAUCUUGUAGUUUAGCAUCUUCUCGGGAAUCAAGUACCAGUGCUCCCGGACCAACACCUUACAAGGUACUUAUGUUGGGAGGACCUGCUGUGGGAAAAUCAUCAUUAGUAUUACAGUUUAUGACUUCGGAAUAUCUACAUGCUUAUGAUACUAGUAUUGGAUAUAAUUGA